UGUGCUUCCGGAUGCCAAGAUUGAGCAAGAGUGACUGCACAGCUGCCGCCGAAUUUAAAGAGACAGGCAAUCGUUUAUUUAAAAUAACAAUCAGCAACCAUUGUCUCAAAGCUUGUUUUAAGAGGCUUCACUCUGACAUAGCGUACCAUUUGUAGUCAAUCGUUGGACCAAUAAUGGCGUUUAAUCAAAGUCGCAUCGAGUAUUAGCGUAUCGUCAUAGCUAAGUUACCUGGUUGGAUUUUCGCUCUUUUGCUUGCUGGCUAAUGUUAGCCAACUAAGCGUUGCUAGCUGGUUUCCCGACGAAGAGCAAGAUUUGUCGGAUAGCCAACAACCAUAUACCGAAGCUUAUAAUCAAGUAGUAGUGGCUACUAUAUCGCCGGGAUAAUGGCGAAAAUCCAGGCACACAGCAACACGAAGCAAAUAAACCAAAUUCAAGACAAGGCCUAUGUUGUACAAAAACAAGUGCAACAACAGCACUUUCAGAAACUGAAGGUUGAAGAUGCCCUAUCAUACCUGGACCAAGUGAAAAUACGAUUUGGGAAUGACCCUGGAAUAUACAACAAAUUUCUUGACAUAAUGAAAGAAUUUAAAUCACAAAGCAUUGACACACCGGGUGUUAUAAACCGUGUGUCUCAGCUCUUCCACGGACACCCGGACCUUGUCUUAGGAUUCAAUGCCUUCCUGCCCCCAGGAUAUCGGAUAGAGAUUCCCAAGAAUGGAGUGGUUUUCCUUCAGUCCCCUUUCUCUGCCCAGGUCUCCCCAGGCCAGGGGAAGAGUAUUGCAAGCCCUGCUGUGAGUGCCACUGGCUCAUCUGUUGCUGAAGCUGGGUCUGCCCAAAGUGAAGCUGUGGCAUCGCCUGAAAGCAUCUCCUCGUCCUCUGGACCCCCAGAGCCUCCCAGUAGACUGUCCCUGCCACUCCCCAGCAGAGAGAGCCAGUCCCAGCCACAGUCCUCCUCAGUGUCCCCCCCUGCCUCGGAGCCCAGCCCAGUAGAAUUUGACAGUGCUAUCAGCUAUGUCAACAAGAUAAAAAACCGCUUCUUAGACCAUCCAGAGAUCUACAGAUCCUUCCUUGAGAUACUACAUACUUACCAGGUACACUGUGUCAUCAAUAUGAAGGAGCAGCUUGAGGUCAAGGAGAGCCGGGGUCGUAGUAGUAAUGGGAUGACAGAGGAUGAAGUUUUCUCAAAAGUGGCCAGCCUCUUCAAAGGCCAAGAGGACUUAUUGGCUGAGUUUGGACAGUUCUUACCAGAUGCUAAGAGAUCAUUGUUCACUGGCAGCUCCCUGACAGGGAAAGACCAACUGAAGAGGGCAGAGGACGAGGACAUGAGCAAACAGAGCAAGAAGAGAUCCAGGCCCAUGCUGCUGCCGCACAUGACACCACUGCUCAAGAAAAAGAUGAAGUUUUCGUGCUCCAAAGACCAGUCCUUUGCCUCAGUUGGGAAGCAUGGAGUCUUGCGGGAGUUCACCUUUUUUGACAAGGUUCGCCGUUUCUUCAAGAGCCAGGAGGUGUAUGAAAACUUCCUCCGCUGCAUUGCUUUGUUUAACCAGGAAGUGGUUUCGGGAGCAGAGCUGCUGCAGCUUGUCACCCCGUUUCUGGGGAAGUUUCCAGAGCUAUAUACCCAGUUCAAGUCAUUUCUGGGGGACAAAGAGCUCUCUCAUUCAAUGUCUGGCCUGUCAGACCGCUACAUGGAAGGAGGUGGGGGCAGGGAGGUCGACUAUGCAUCUUGCAAGCGCCUGGGAUCCAGCUACAGAGCACUACCCAAGACUUACCAGCAGCCCAAGUGCAGUGGUCGCACUGCCAUCUGCAAAGAGGUGCUGAAUGACACCUGGGUUUCCUUCCCCUCAUGGUCGGAGGACUCUACGUUUGCAAGCUCUAAGAAAACCCCAUAUGAGGAGCAGCUUCAUCGCUGUGAGGACGAGAGGUUUGAAUUGGAUGUGGUCCUGGAGACCAACCUGGCCACCAUCCGGGUCCUGGAGAGCGUUCAGAAGAAACUGUCCCGUCUGUCGCCUGAGGACCAGGACCGGUUCCGUCUGGACGACUGUCUGGGUGGCACCUCUGAGGUCAUCCAGCGCCGAGCCGUCUACCGUAUCUAUGGCGACAAGGCCCCUGAGAUUAUAGAGGGGCUGAAGAGGAGCCCUGCUACUGCUGUGCCUGUGGUGCUCAAGAGAUUGAAAGCGAAGGAGGAGGAGUGGAGAGAAGCCCAGCAGGGCUUCAACAAGAUCUGGAGGGAGCAGUAUGAGAAGGCCUACCUCAAGUCCCUGGACCACCAGGGGGUCAACUUCAAGCAGAAUGACAUGAAGGCCCUCCGAUCCAAGAGCCUGCUCAAUGAGAUUGAAAGUGUUUAUGAUGAGCGUCAGGAGCAGAGCACAGAGGAGGGGGGCGUGGGCCAGCAGGGGCGUGACGGGAGCAGCGGUGCAGUGGUCAGCGAGCCACACAUGGUGUUCACCUACGAGGACAAGCAGAUCCUGGAGGACGCCGCCUCCCUCAUCAUCUACCACGUCAAACGCCAGCCCACCAUCCACAAGGACGACAAGGACCACAUCAAGCGCAUCAUCCAGCACUUUGUCCCUGACCUCUUCUUCUCCCGCCGCGGCGAGCUCAGCGAGACGGACGAGUGGACGGACGAGGAGGCCGAGGUGGAGGAGGGAGGAGACCGGGGAGGAGGAGGUAGCAGCAUCAUACCAGGAGCAAUAGUGGCACCAGGGGGCCAGCCACAGCAGCAGCAACAGCAGCUGAACGGGGAGUCGAGGCGGCGGCGGUGCACCUCUCCUCAAACAGUGGAGCUAGGUGGAGCCUCCUCUCACAGCCUGGCUCCAGAGGGAGGGGAGAAGGUGGACCUGAGAGACCCUGAGGCAGAGCACCAGAAGGAGCUGGACGGAGUCUACAACCUGUUCUUCACCAACAACAACUGGUACUUCUUCCUGCGGCUGCACCAGACCCUGUGCCAGCGACUGCUGAGGGUGUACCGGCAGGCAGAACGGCAGCUGCUGGAGCACCGGGCUGAGCAGAACCGAGAGAGGCUGCUGAUGGCAGAGGGCCGCAGGGAUAAGGCCAGCGACCUGGCCUUGGAGCUCCGCCUCAAACAGCCAAGUGAGGUGGAACUGGAGGAGUACUACCCAGCGUUUUUAGACAUGGUGCGCAGUCUUCUGGAUGGGAACCUGGAGUCUACGCAGUACGAGGACACCCUGCGUGAGAUGUUCACCAUCCACGCCUACAUCGGCUUCACCAUCGACAAGCUCAUCCAGAAUAUCAUUAGACAGCUGCAGCACCUGGUGAGUGACGAGGUGUGCCUGCAGGUGGCUGAGCUGUACCUGGCCGAGAGGAAGAGGGGCGCGGCGGGGGGGAACCUGUCGUCCCAGUGUGUGAGAGCAGCCUGGGAGACCAGCUACCAGUGGAAGUCUGAGAGGGUCAUGGCUGAGGAGAACUGCUUCAAGGUAUUGUUCAUUCAGAACAAAGGCCAGGUGACUUUGACCAUUGAGCUGCUGGACACGGAGGAGGCCCAGGCCGAUGAUCCACUGGAUGUACAGUGCCUGUCCAGCUAUAUGGAACAGUUUGUAGGGACAGAGUCGAUGCUUUGCUCGCAGACUGAAGGCUACUUUUUCAAACCUGUAUUUCUGCCCAGGAACCUGAGGCACUUCAGACGCUGGCAGGUGCGCCAGGUGGAGGCGAUGCGCUGCAGACGGGAGUGGCACAGGCAGCUGGGUGUGGAGAGUGCUGGCAGCCUGGACUGCCGCUUUAAACUCAACACCCACAAGAUGGUGUUCGUCAUGAACUCUGAGGACUACAUGUACCGCCGGGGAGCGCUGGUCAAAGCCAGGAAGUCCCAGCACAAGGUGGCUGUGAAACAGCACGAGCGCUUUGACAAGUGGCACCAGGGCUGGCUGGCAGAGCACGUGCCUCCGGCGGCCGAGCGCUCGGUCCACGACUGGCUGAUGGGUGAGGAGGAAGAGGACAUGAUCCCCUGCAAGACCACCUGCCUCAACACACAGGUCAAAGGCCUGCCUGUCAACAGAUACCAGGUGCAUUACAGUAGGAAACCCCCCUCCUCUCCCUAGAGGAUGGAUCCACACACACAAUCUCUCUCUCUCUCACACACACACCUGACCUACUACACACACGGAGAGAGACUGGGUGGACUUGGCAGACAUGUUGAGACUGAGACUGGGGGAUCCAGCACGGAACACAGGAGCUCUUCAUCCGAUUCACCCAUGCUGCUUCUCUGUUCACACAGUCAGCAGUGCAAGCAGAGGGACGUGAGAAUAAAAUCAUUGUUUGUUUCAGAAAUGUGAAUGUUUUUUUUUGUUUGUUUUUUUUAAGUCUGUUGUAGUUUUUAGCUUCUGAAGCCAGAGGGCCUUUUUGUUUGUUUGUAUAUGUUUAUACUGAAGUACUGAGAGAAAUGGUUAAAUGUGUCAUGCUCCACAAUGUAUUUUGUACAGUAAGCUCAACUUAAGUAAUUGCAUUACUGUAUGUGCAUAUAUACAACUGUACACAUUUUAUAUAUGCAUUUACAUGAAUAAGAUGAAUGAACAUGUAAAAUUACAUGGAUCUUAGUGUUUUGCAGGCAGCAAAUUCUUGAUAUUUUCUUUUUUCUGGUCAUUUUUCUUGUGACUAAUCUAAACAGAUGAUUGAUUGCCAGUGUGACAAGUCCUCACAAUUGAUUUAACUUUGUACAUUUUAUGGAACAUCAGAAUUAUGGAUCAUAUUCAUGAUUUCACCAAAUCUUUACUUUGGUUUGUCAUUUUACAUACUAAAAUAAACAAUAUCAGUGUUAAAAAAAGAAUGUAUAACAUUUAUCCUGUAUCAGUUAUCAUGAAAAUAAACAACCUAGUUGUGAACUUCUUAAACAGCCUGGAAAAGUCUUAAAUGUUUUUGAUUAUAUAUUUUUUUUCUUGAUUGUGUUGGGGUGCAGAACUUGGAAGUGCAACAUUGUGGCUUUUCUUGUCAUUCCAAAGAACUUGCCAACAAAAUAUGUAUGUAUGUUCAACAUUAGGAAAUCUCGGUACAGACAACACUCUUUUAUUAUGGAAUGGACAAAAUAAAAAAAGCCAGAGCCAGGGCGACAGUUUAAAAAAAUAAGCGUGGUUUAUAAAACCCAGUUGUGACAGGAUCACCAAAGUGUAUACAGAAAUACAAAUGAGACCAUCAUUAAAACAUAGUACAGCGUUAUACACUCAACAUUUACAAACUACUCUGUAAAAGGGGUAAUGUAAGACAUUUCCUUGUCUUUUUAAAACACAACCACAUAACUGAUCUUUAUCAGUUUUCAUAACGCAUUCAAAGUACAUCCAUGUAGUUACUACAGACACUGUUAGUCUUCUACUUUAGAAAGAAAGGCUACAACAUCAAGAAGGAAGUAAAGAUGUGGAGACAUCAAGCACAUAACAUGGGAUUUAGCAAGCAGUAUAAUCAGCAAAUCAUUGAGUGGUUUUACUCAUGAGAAAAUGUGAUGUCAGGGCUUGCGUAUCAUUCAGGUCUUAGAAAGAAAAAAAUAACUACAAAGUAACCCUCAACCCUUUGACAUUAUCACUUUCUGACCAUAUCUUGUCAUUAAAAAUGGCUCAGUUGUAGAUAAAUUAGUGAAUAACUGCUAAGCAGUCAUAUGCAUUAGAACGCUUCCAAGGUAACAUCCUAGGAAACCAUUAGUAUCUUGUUAGAUCCCCUCCCUCCAGUAGCCCUGGACGCAAACCCUGAGGAUGAGGGAGCCAGGAAAAAAGAUGGAAACACCAACAAGAUACAACCAAUCACAAUCUAGACUUUCUUCUACUUUCUCUUUUUUUUUUUUACAAACACAAUUCAACAGGUUUUACACUUAAAGAAUGCAGGAUUGUGAACAAUCAAAAUGCUCCUCAACACCUAGAAUACUGCUUGUUCUAAAGCUAAAUGGAAAACAUGAAUGUAUGUAAUCAAGAAUUAUCAAUACAGCUAAAAUAAUCAGUAUCCUCCAGAUAAUGAAAAAUAAAUUCAGAUAUGUACAAUGGAAAACAAAAGCAGCAUGCAGGCAAGACAAUUGUCAGAGCGAUACUAAAACAAUCUCAUGAAGUUGGGAGGGAGACGUUUGUGCUCUCUGACAAAAGAGGACAGUGUUAAAGGUUUAGACUAGAUUAAAAAGUGUGUGUGUGUGUAUAUUUGUGUGUGUUUUGAGGGGUAGAAGAGCUCUCCAUCACUUCAAAAGGCCUGAAAUGCAAAAGCUUUAAGAAAAUAAAAAGCCGACCUCUUUGGUGGAAAGACUGGUUGACUGGCCUGUUCAGUAGUUGUAGUGAGUGUGGGAAGAAAGUGGCCGCACCUAUUCUUCCAACAAAGAGGACACAAUCAGUAGUUAGAUAAUUGAAUUGUGUGUUUUGUGAAAGUGGUUUUUAUGACUACCAGACUUCAUGGCACAGCCAUAACUGCCAUAUGUCUAAUUGCAUCAUCACCACAGUAAUAUACGACAUCUAUCUCAAAGGCACAGGACAUUGUGUGUAUUUCUUCUUGUUGAUGGUGCUAUUACACAUUUACAACAUUUUGUAGCCUAUGAACUUUGCAAUUUACACAAAUAUUUAGUGCUGGGUCCCCAACUGUCAUUUCUCAUUAGAUGCGUCAACAGUCUAAAUAAUAAAGAAAAGCUAAGAGAAAGGCAAGAGAAGCUCAUGCUGAUUGAUCAACACUGUACAUCAACUACUGCAUCAUGUAAACACAGUUUAACCACAGGGUGAAAGAGAGAGGGUGUCACACACAGGGAGUGGAGGGAAAGCAGUCAGCGACACACAUACACUUAUCCUUCCUUUGAAAAGCCAGGAGGUCCACGAAAAGGGGCUUACCCACUUCAAAGUUGCAGCCGAUAGAUUGUGCUCGCAAAUGAUAUUUGUCUACAAAUAAAGCAUGCAUGUAACAAAAUGGACAAACAAAACAAAAAGAGCGCUAACAGUGGAUGUCAGUUGAACAAUUUCCAUGGUGUUAUUUUUCUUGGUGAAACCAAGUAAUAAAAAGUACCAAUAUUAAUCAAGAAACAACAUACAUUGAAGCAAAAUCAUGAGCUUUGUUGAUAAGUGCAUUGCCAUAAAAGCAUGAGAAACAGACAUGUACUGUAGAAUGAGCUGAUAACAGAAAUCAACCUCACCUUCAACAUCAUUUUUGGGCACCGAGACUUGAAACUGUGAGCUAACCCAGUCCUAAACAACAGAGUAAAUACUGCAGGCCCUACAACCCAAGGAGGACGGGCCUGUUUAAUCACAGCUAUCUGAUCUGAGAACUACUGUUUCACAGCAAAGUCUUUCCAGGAUUAGAGAUCACUUGACACAGCAGAUAUACGACUCACUCACUUGGUCCCUGUUCUAGUCAACAAGCCUGACAAACCCUACCACUAAAAACCCUACCACAUGCAGAGUCCCAGGGUCUAUUAUACUGUACAUGCAUGCAUUCUAUAUUCAAAAGAGGUGAUGCAGCAGCUAUGUUGUAAAGGUCGUAGAUAUUUCAGAGGAGAGAUGACAGAGAUCAGGGUGAGGACUGUUAUUUGGAUAGUGAAAGUGCUAGCAGACAUGACAGAAGAGGAUCUCCUGUUUAGCCAGGGCAUUCCUCCUAUGGAAAAGCCAUCUCAGCAGACGUCAUCAAUAUCCUGUGAAAAUGCCACAUGACCUACUUAGGCAGUAUUACAAUCAGAGGAACUCCAGUGGAAAACCCUGAUCACUGUCAGCUGAGCUCUCCCCACUGCUUCUGAGAAGGCUGAAAGCAGAACAACAGAACAAAUACAAAGUGCCCCACACAAUCAUACAAAAACACUGCAAUCGAAAAUGGUCACAGUGCUGUUUUAGUUGUUGAGCAAUGAAAAGAGAGAAUGGGAUAGUAUUCUUAAAGGGCAGAGAAAUGCACGAGACUCUCUGACAUCUCAACUCAGCUGCACAGUAGAACAAACAUACUAUUCUUCUCAGGCUAGCUAGAUGAUUGAUGCUACGCCAGCGAACAACAUUCAUUAAAAUAAUGCUUUAGCAGAAAAGCAAAGUACAGUUAUGAACAUGUAGGGCACUUGACAUGAGCUAAUUAGAUAAUUGAUUUGUUUGUUUUUGCAAAACUUUGAGGUUGUAACAUGGGCUGGCUAACUGAUCUGUGGGCCAAGCUUAUAUGAGAGGGAGAAUGAGCCACCUGAAGGGUUCUUAGUCUUCUACACAGGACAAGAGCGGAAACAGUAGCUUUUAGAAAACAUGGCACAAGUCUAAUUCAACAUUCCCACCAUUGAGAAACACAUACAUAUCAUUGCACAGAUGCUCAAGCUAUUCUCAUUCUUAUAAAUAAUACAUGGAGUAUAUAAUAGUUAUGACAUCCAAAUAAUGCACAUGAACAAAUAUACAAAGUAACUUUCACAGACAAAAAUAUGUUAAAAUUAUAUUUUUGUUCAAGUUGUUUUUGUUUGUUUGUAUUAAAUGCACUUUUCCUGCAAGUGGCACCAGGGUUUUACACUGACUUCAUUAUUACAACUCAAUAAACAAAAUCAACCCAGUACGUGGAGUAGAAAAAAGAACCAA